AUGGCAGGACGCAGGCAGAGAUGGCCCAUACGUGUCGCGGCACUAUCAACCUUGCCACAGCGCACAUCGACACCGAAGAUGCCUGCAAUAUUGUUCUGAGCAGUGGAGGGCGCACUUACCAUCUGAAAGCCAGCACAGAGGUGGAAAGGCAGAGAUGGGUCACAGCGCUGGAGCUGGCCAAGGCAAAAGCCAUCCGCAUGAUGAAUGAUCAGUCCGAUGACUCUGCAGACGAGGAGCCCACCUCUCAGUCAGACCACAGUGAGAUCCAGGGCACGUUGAAGACUCUGGCCAGUAAACUAGACGAUUUGAGCACAUGCAAUGAGCUGAUAGCCAAGCACGGAGCAGCUCUGCAGAGAUCUCUGAGUGAGCUCGAAACCUUACGUGUGCCUCUGGAAGGAGGAGAGAAGAUAAAGGCUGUCAACGAGAGAGCCACACUCUUUCGCAUCACCUCCAAUGCUAUGAUCAAUGCAUGCCGGGAUUUCCUGGAGUUGGCAGAGAGCCACAGCCGCAGAUGGCAGCGAGUACUUCAGCAUGAGCGUGAGCAGCGCACCCACCUGGAGGAGACCAUCGAGCAGCUAGCAAAGCAGCACAACAGCCUGGAGCGAGCCUGGAGAGAGGCUCCCGCGCACGCCGUUAACACACCCGAUACACCCACCACCGACACAGGAGUGAGUGAAAGGCCCAGGAAAGAGGAAGCGAGUGAUGAAGAUGAGGAUACAGAGUAUUUUGAUGCCAUGGAGGACUCACCUGCCUUUAUAACAGUGACUGCCACGGACCCCUCUCAACACAGGCGUUCUCAGAGUAAUCUCAGCGGUGCUAGUGGAGGACAGCCCAGUGACUGGAACCAGGAGGACAAUUGUUCUGUGAGCAGUAAUGAUUUUUCAGGGAAAGAGCUGCAGCCUCGCAGGAAGAGGCGAUCCCGGAUCUCAGAGAAACCCAACUAUUCCCUCAAUCUGUGGAGCAUCAUGAAGAACUGCAUUGGCAAAGAGCUCUCCAAGAUCCCAAUGCCUGUGAACUUCAACGAGCCCCUGUCCAUGCUGCAGCGUUUGACGGAGGAUCUGGAGUAUCAUGAGCUGCUGGAUAAAGCGGCCCGCUGUGAAAACUCUCUGGAGCAGAUGUGUCUGGUCGCGGCCUUCUCUGUGUCCUCAUACUCCACCACAGUGCACCGGACAGCCAAGCCCUUCAACCCUCUCCUAGGAGAGACCUAUGAACUUGACCGACUGGAAGAAUUCGGCUACCGUUCCCUCUGUGAACAGGUCAGUCAUCAUCCGCCAGCGGCCGCUCAUCAUGUGGUGUCACAGCGAGGCUGGUCCCUGUGGCAGGAAAUCACAAUCGCUAGCAAAUUUCGUGGCAAAUACCUCUCCAUCAUGCCUCUGGGUGCGAUACACCUGCAGUUUCAUGCAAGUGGAAACCACUACGUGUGGCGUAAAGUCACCUCCACCGUGCACAACAUCAUCGUGGGCAAACUGUGGAUUGAUCAGUCAGGAGAUAUUGAUAUAGUCAACCACAGGACCAAAGAGACCUGUCAGCUCAAGUUCUCUCCCUACAGUUACUUUUCAAGGGAAGUCCCACGAAAGGUCACAGGGGUGGUGAUGGACAGUGAUGGUCAGGCAAACUACAUCCUGUCAGGCACAUGGGAUGAGAAGAUGGAGAGCGCCAAGAUUGUGCAGAGCAGCAGAGGAAGCAGCAGCUCUGAGGGAAAGCAGAAGACCGUCUAUCAGACGCUCUCACCCAAACUGCUGUGGAAGAAAUACCCUCUACCAGAAAAUGCAGAGAACAUGUAUUAUUUCUCUUCUCUGGCUUUGACCCUGAACGAGGAGGAGGAUGGUGUGAGCAUAACGGACAGCAGGCUGAGGCCGGACCAGCGGCUAAUGGAAGCGGGACGCUGGGAUGAGGCCAACGCGGAGAAGCAGAGGCUGGAGGAGAAACAGAGAGCCGUGAGAAGGAGGAGAGAAGCUGAGGCCUCCAGGGCCAUUGAUGAAGGAGAAGACUUUGAGGGGUAUAAACCACAGUGGUUCCACCAGACGACGGAUGAAAUGACGGGAGAGAACAUCUUCGUUUAUAAGGGGGGAUACUGGGAGGCCAAAGAUCGACAGGACUGGAGUAUGUGUCCAGAGAUCUUCUGA